AUGUGUGGAAGAAUUUUCAUCAGAAAUACUGAAGACAAAAACUUAAAACCCAAAAUGAUUGAAAAAUCAAAGUCAAAAUCAAGUGAGAAAUUAAAAAAUAUAGCACCAUCCUCUGAAGCUGAUUCCGAGAAGGGAAAAAGGGUAGAAGAGACAGAAGCAAAGUUGCAUGAUGAACUCAAGGUAAUAACACCAUCUGUUGAAUCUAAAGAUUUAUUGACUCUGAGACUUGGUAAUAACAACAAGCCAACUUCCAUUUUGUUACAGAACAAUGAAAAUUCAAGUUCGUCUGAAAAUGUUAUUUCUAAAGUUUUACUUGAGCAAGAAGUGAAAGAAUUUCAUUGUCUUUUUUGUAACAAAAAGUUUUCAAAUUCUCAAGCGCUUGGAGGUCACCAAAACGCUCAUAAGCGUAAACGUGUCUCCAAAAAAAUUGAACAAAAAAUGAGUGAGGAAGAAAUGGAUACAAUCUUAAGGUAUAAACCUAGUUUUCCAUACCCUUAUCCUUAUUCAAGCCCUACUCACUAUCAAGGGCAUCCUUAUUUUUGUGGAAAUUUGCAGCAACCAGUUGACACUCUUACGAACAAUACCAUGUCUUCUUGGCUUGGUUCUCCAUAUGGAGGCUAUGGAGGGACGUAUAUGCCAAAUACACCCUUCCCACAAACUCCAUUUGUUAUGUCAAUGCCAAGGUCACCCCUCAUAUCACAAAAAUUUGGGAUGCCUAAUUUUUUGGCCAGAAAUCAAACUCAUCCACUACCAAUUCCUCAAAGAUCAAACACUAUGGAAUUGAGACUUUUUGUUCAAGAUAAUCAAACCCCUUCAUCUGAUGAAGGUGCAGAAGGAAGUUCCAAUGCUCAAUUUCAUUCUCGUGAUCUUCUAAUAGAAACUCGUGAUUUUGGUGGAGAAAGCAACCUUCUAGUAGAGUCUGAUGUGUCUUCAUCAUCAAAACAAUCAACAUUGGAGGAACUCGAUUUAAAUCUAAAACUUUAA